CUGAGUUUCUGCUGUGUUGGGGUGUGUGUGCGCAACAAGCUAAUCUCGGCUGCUCGAUUCUGCUAUUAUAAAAAUAUUUAUCUGUUUAUCCUUCAGUUUGCACUAUUUCAAACAACACUGACAAUGGCGGAUCCAAGAAUACGACAGAUAAAAAUCAAGACCGGUGUUGUUAAACGUUUGGCCAAAGAGGAGGUGUUGUACAUAAAGGAGGCAAAGCAGCAGGAAGAAAAGAUUGAGCGUCUCAAGGCGGAGGCAGGAGACGAGUAUGUAAUCAAGAAACAGAUAGAAGUGUUGCAAGAGGCAAGAAUGAUGGUUCCUGACUGUCAUCGUCGUUUAGCCAUGGCCCACGCUGACCUGCAGCAACUGUUGGAAACAGAAGAGGAAUUGGCUGAAACCGAAGAAUACAAGGAGGCCAGAACUGUUUUGGAUUCAGUCAAGCUGGAAGGAUCAUAGACACAAACGCACACACAGACACUUACAUACACUGACAUCCUAAGUGUCCAUUCCAUUUGUUCUGAUUGUUUAGCGUUUCAGAAGCAAGGCGACAGUGUUUAUUGUUUGCAUUUCACUGUUUUUAGAUUGAUUUAUAAGUUAAUAAUCCACUACUUUCUCCCUGGCCUUCUGUUAUAAGAGUUCAAAUUCACACAAUCAUGAAAUAAAGUUUCUUUUUUUUACCAUUUCAAAUGCUUCCUUUUCACUCAUCAUAGCCUAUUUUUUCAAAUUUACAUUUGUCGUGUUUAUUUAGAAAAUUUGUUCUCAAUGAAAUAUGCAUGGUUGCAGUCCAUCAAAGUACAAAUGUUACGUUACCUUUUUAGAGGUUCUCCUGCUGUAAACAGAAAAACUGUGACCGAUCUUUGAUUUUAUGUAAGCUAUUUUUGCUUAUAUCUAUUGCAGGCAUGCACAUUGUUUCAGUAAUAAUAAAACUGUGCAAAGUUGAAUUAAUAUCUAAAAUGCUUGCCUUCACCCAAGAUAUAAGGUACUGUAUAUUCCCCUCUUAUAUAGGGCUGCAGUAAUUAAUGCAGAAUGUGAACCUGGUCAUAUAUGGAUAGGAUUGUUGUUUCUGCAGACAGAGAGGGAGAGUGGUAUAGAAUGAAAGGGAAAUAAGGUAUGAUGAGACUGUAUUUCCUACUCUGCUGUAAGGACACUGACCUCCACUGGCCAGAUUCUCUCAUGCAAGCAUGAGGCUCUUCUGCUGCAGGUUUGGCCACUUUGGUCUUGUUCCACUUGGAAAUACUGGAAAUGCACUGAGUGUGCUGGAAAUACACUGAGUGUGCUAUAUUAAAAUAACUGUGUGCAAUAAAGCAUAAUUAAAGGAUCUCA